CAGAGAAUCGACAGCGGAGUAUUGAGCAAAUUAUCUACUUUCCCUGCUCUCUCUUCCUGGACGGUUAACGAUCCGCGAGGUCUCGGCUCUCCGCACGCGCUGAUUGCCGUCGAUAAGGACGAUAAGGUGAUUUUAUUUUUGGAGGGGGGGUUCCCCAGCAGAUGAUGGGCCGGUGAGGAGCGACCUUCCCCUCCAGCAGCUUCUCAUCGCGGCGGUGAUGGACGGUCCUCUCCGCCGCCCAGCGGGGAUCCUCGGCUCCCCCCCGGCUUCUGGGAGCCAGCCUGCGGGCUCAGACUCGCUCAUCUCCGGCAGCAAACCUCUCGCUUUCUCCAUCGACCGGAUUAUGGCCCGGACGCCCGAGCCCAAGUCGAUAAUCCCGCUCCCCAGCUGGUUCCAGCCCGCUCCUCCCGCGGGGAAACCCGACCCGGCCCCGCUGCACUGCAUGAUCCCGCUGCUGCCGCUCGGGUAUGAGACCGGACACCGGAUCAGCAUCACCGGGCUGGAACCGGGACACUUUGACGCCUCUUCUCUCGCGACUCCGGCAGACUUUCUGGGUUUCGGGCUGAACUACAAGCACGGUCCCCCGCAGGAUGAGUCCUCUCCGGGGCAGUACAAACUGUUCCGGCCGCGCGUCGUGAACCAGUCCCAUUUCCCCACCAUGGGCACCGUGUGCUACCUGAACUGCACCGGGGACACCGGAGGAGGAGGGUGCGCGCCCCCCGGGCUCGUGAACCUGCACCCCAUGGCCUCCUACCUGCUCAGCGCCCGCCACAAAGCCCUCAUGGCGGAGAAGAGCGUGAAGCCGGGGUUACAGCAGCAGACGGAUCGGUACCCGGUGAGUCAGAGUCAGAUCCAGAACUACAUGAAGGACCACAUCCUCACCGAGAAGAUCUUCAAAGGCUCCGCGGCGGCGGCGGCGGUUGCGGCGGCGGCCCGGAUCCAAGGCUCGUGUCCCGGGAACAAACCCAAAGUGUUCACCUGCGAGGUCUGCGGGAAGGUGUUUAACGCGCACUACAACCUGACGCGCCACAUGCCCGUGCACACAGGCGCGCGGCCGUUUGUGUGCAAAGUGUGCGGGAAAGGCUUCCGACAGGCGAGCACGCUCUGCAGACACAAAAUCAUACACACUCAGGAAAAGCCUCACAAGUGUAACCAGUGCGGGAAGGCGUUCAACCGCAGCUCCACGCUCAACACACACACGCGCAUACACGCGGGAUACAAGCCGUUUGUGUGUGAGUUCUGCGGGAAGGGAUUUCAUCAGAAGGGAAACUACAAGAACCACAAGCUGACGCACAGCGGCGAGAAGCAGUUCAAGUGUGCAAUCUGCAACAAGGCCUUCCACCAGGUGUACAACCUCACCUUCCACAUGCACACGCACAACGACAAGAAGCCCUUCACCUGCCCCACCUGUGGAAAAGGCUUCUGCAGGAACUUUGACCUGAAGAAACACAUGAGGAAGCUGCACGACCUCAACACCGCGCAGCCCCCCCCCGCAGGCCUGAACCAGGCACUACAAACACUGAAACUGAACUCAAGUCCUGGUCUAUGGAGCCCUGAAGGUGUUAGGAAGAAGACUAUUUUAAUUUAUUAGGAACUUUUGCCCCUAAGUGACCAAUCAGUGUGCUUCGGUACCCUGGUUCCAGUCAUUUGGAUCCUCUAAUAUGUGUCUUUUGGUGCCGAAAAUCACAAAAUCCUGCUCUCAGAUGGCUUCAUUUGGACACUGACUUCUGUCUUGUGCAGCCAUGAAGUUCUCCAAAACCUGAAGGAGGAUUCUGACUAUACAUGCAAAGAAUAUAUCGAAAAAUAUCUCAUAUUUGACUUUUUUAAGGCCAAAUGAAAUGUCAAAAUCAAAGCAAGGCUUAGAUUUACAUGACAAAACGGGUCCUACAUUUCCCACAAUGCACCUGGGUUGUGUGUUUUGAUCCUCCCUGCUUUAUUUUGACACCAAAGGACGAUUCUGACAAUUUGUUAAAAACGAAUAUCUUAAAUACAACUCAAUUGAGGCUGAACAAACUGUCAAAAUGUCUGUGUCCUACAUUUCCCACAAUGCACCUGGAUGGUGUUUUUUUCCAGACAAAUUGUCUUUUAUUUUGACACUUUUAAGGCCAGGAAAACAGUCCAAAACAAAGCGGCGGAGAUAGAGAUACGUAUGAAACUAAGCGUCCUACAUUUCCCACAAUGCACCUAGUUUGUGUGUUUUGAUCAGACCCUCAACAGCUAUGAAGUUUUCUAAAACCUAUUUUUGUUUAGACGCUUUUCUCAAAAAUCUCAAAGUUUACGCAGCAAAAGCUAAGACAUCCUGAUUAGGCUUCAAAAACGAAGACUCCUACAUUUCCCACAAUGCAACUGGAUGGAUUGACUGGAUAGACCCUUCCUGCGUGUCUAUCUCUUCAAAACCCCAAAUACUCUGUCUGUAACGCAGCUUUUCUGUCAUUAAUUUGUCAUUUAAGUAUCCGAGAAGGAAUAAAAAAGCUAGUGAAGUUCCCCUUUAAAUUGUUUGACACAGAAGAUAACCGAUCGUGUCGCAUCCCAGAUGAAAAGUUGACAAUCAUGAUGGAAGUAUCGCUGUAAAAUAUUUGGCCGUAAAUCCAAAACGACCAACGACAAUCAGUAUUUUUUGGUCCCUGUUAAAAAAAGAGACACAUUUUCACAUAGAACCAAUGAAGUCCAACAGUAUUUGCUCACAAACGGUGACAUUUCACGCUUGUUUUUGGUCAAUGAAAGGCACAAUGAGUAGGAAAAUAAAACAGAAAACAUCCCAUGUGAACAUCUCGAAGCAUGUGGCGGCACAACUCUCUGAGUGGAUGUUUUUUAUUUUGCUAUUUUUGGGACGAUAAUGGACGUAAACCCAAAUAAAAACGGAGCGAUCAGGUGCUAUAACGUAAGCACACGAUCAAGGAGAAGCGACGAAAACACACCAUUGAAAAAACCUCAAAUAUAGGAACGCAAAACAUCAAGUGGACAAGGAUCUUUUUAAAAUAAAAGCUGCACGGAUACGCACAUUACCCUCUUGUUGAACCUGUGAAAAAGGACCAACUUUUUAAUGUUGUUGUUCACAAACCGCUGCCAACAAAUCCUACUCAUUGUGCUUUUAAGCUCAAGGGAAUACAUUCAAUGAAGACGGACUCCUACAACUCCUACAAAUAAACCAACAGUUUCCAUUCGUUUCCUGGAAGAAACACAGGACUCCUCUCAGGCCUCUUGACCCGUUCCUCUUGAACUUGACCCUUCGUGACCCCUGGAGGCCCCUCAGACUCAAUAUAAGGUGACCUCUCUGACCCCCAAACGCCUGGAAACGUCGGACUCUCUGCUCGCGUUGGACUGAGGACACUUCAGAGGACAAACUGAACUUUAAACUCCUCUGAUUAUUAGUCAAUUAUAUUAUAAUGGUGGCUAAUUAUCAUGUCCUUAGUCAUCAGUGAUUACUGGUUUUCAUUAUUUUGCAUCUCAGGAUGUGGGAUUGAUGACACCAGAGAUUAAGUGGAGAUGAAACAAGACACAAGUAAAAACCUGAUUUACACCAAGGUUUCAACCCCGAAGUCUUUGAAACUAAUGUUAUAUAUUCUGUCUUAGUCAACAAAUCCCAUAAACAGACCAAACCAGGUGAUUUUAUGCAACUAACUAAGUAUUGUGUGUGUGUGUAUCAAAGUCUAAUAUAUCUUCUUUCUCUGUGCCAUAGUGCGCCGUUGUCGUCCAAAAAUAUUAAAAAGUCAUCAUAA